AUGGACACGGACGAUGGUGAAUCUUCAAGCAGCGGGCCUAUGUCCAGCUUGAAUAGCUUAUUUUCUUUCACAAGCCCCGCUGUAAAGAAAUUGCUUGGGUGGAAACAGGGCGAUGAAGAAGAAAAAUGGGCAGAGAAAGCCGUGGAUAGUCUGGUUAAGAAGUUGAAAAAACGAAAAGGUGCUAUUGAAGAAUUGGAGCGUGCUUUGUCCUGUCCUGGAACGCCCUCAAAAUGUGUAACAAUUCCACGAUCAUUGGAUGGCAGAUUGCAGGUAUCCCACCGCAAAGGUCUCCCACACGUGAUUUACUGCCGAGUGUGGAGAUGGCCAGACCUACAGAGCCACCACGAGUUGAAACCUCUAGAAAUCUGCCAAUACCCCUUCAGCGCCAAACAGAAAGAGGUUUGCAUCAACCCAUACCACUAUAAACGGGUCGAAAGUCCCGUACUACCUCCAGUCUUAGUUCCUCGACAUUCCGAGUUCGCGCCGGGACAUUCGUUGUUACCUUUUCAAAGAACCACCGAACCGUCUAUGCCCCACAACGUGUCCUACUCGGGGUCAGGUUUCCCACCUUCGGCGUCAUCCGAAUUACCUGAUACACCUCCACCGGCUUACUCCCCACCGUCCGAUGACUCCGAACCGCCCGGGGAAGUCGCUCCGGUUUCCUACCAGGAGCCUCUCUAUUGGGCCUCCGUCGCCUACUACGAGCUGAACUGCAGGGUAGGAGAAGUAUUCCACUGCAACUCCCACUCGGUCGUGGUCGAUGGAUUCACAGAUCCGUCGAACAAUAGCGAUCGGUUCUGCCUCGGCCAACUCAGUAAUGUGAAUAGGAACUCGACUAUUGAAAACACUCGACGUCACAUAGGAAAAGGAGUUCAUUUGUACUACGUAGGCGGAGAAGUGUACGCGGAAUGUUUGUCGGACGCUGCGAUAUUUGUCCAAAGUCGGAACUGCAACCAUCAUCAUGGCUUCCACCCUUCCACAGUGUGUAAAAUCCCACCCGGCUGCUCGCUAAAGAUAUUCAACAAUCGUGAGUUCGCGCAAUUGCUCUCGCAGAGUGUUAAUCACGGUUUCGAAGCGGUGUACGAGCUCACGAAAAUGUGUACUAUCCGUAUGUCGUUCGUGAAGGGCUGGGGGGCGGAAUAUCAUAGACAAGACGUGACUUCCACCCCCUGUUGGAUCGAGAUUCACCUUCACGGGCCCCUCCAGUGGCUGGACAAAGUUCUCACUCAGAUGGGCUCCCCUCACAACGCGAUUUCGUCCGUGUCUUAG